AUGGAUACGGAUCUACGCCCGCUGAUCGAGAGCCUCGCGAGCAACAUCGACCAAGUCGAGGAAUCUCUUGCGCCACUGAUCAACACGGCCCUGUCUGCCAGCACAAGCAAACUCCCUCUGCUCGACAAGGCAAAACUUUACACUCUCGUCACAUACGCCAUCGAGUCUCUGCUGUUCUCAUAUCUACGCCUCAAUGGCCUCGACGCGAAGACGCACCCCGUGUUUGCAGAACUCACUCGCGUCAAGCAAUACUUCGAAAAGAUCAAGCUCGCAGAGACUUCGCACGUCAAGCGCAAUGCCACCCUCGACAAGGCCGCUGCCGGUCGAUUCAUCAAGCACGGUCUAGCUGGAAACGAUGAGUACGACAGGAAACGCGCAGAGCAACAAGAGAAGGAAAAGAACGGUGCCAAGAGAAAGUUCGAAGAUAUGACCGAGAGAGUCGGCAGUCAUUCGCGCUUUGAGGCCAUGAGCCGCAAGAUGAAUGACGACGAGGCCGAGAGUAGUGCCAAAGACGUUGAAAACAGCGAGUCCGACUCCAAGAAGAAGGCCAAGACGGUCGCUCCCAAGAAACAAAAAUCCGACAAGGCUCCUCGUGGACACAAAGCAGCCUUCCAAGCCUUGCUGCAAGGCCCCAUAUCGACCGAGGAGGAACCAAAGAAAAAGAAGAAGAGAAAAGAGCAAGGGAGGCAAGGAAACUUAAGGACGACGCUUUUGAUUGAUGGACAUCGCUUCAGACCAGUACUACUCUACUCGACAUGGAACACCUCAUCUAGUGCACGCCACCAACCACCGUCGACGCUGCUAGUAGCACCCUCAUUCAGGCUCUCUUGCAUCUUAUCCGUCACCUUCCACCAUCUCUGCGUCUCUUCAUCUUCUGCCAUAGCCUUCAUAUCGGCAUCGAAGUCACUUCCGGUAUACUUGAAGGUUGCGAACAGGAUGCUGGACUGUUUGUCGUAG